UAGCCGAGCUAGAGCUGUUACGCUAAAGGCGCCGCAGGAUGUGUCAGUCCCGCCAACUGGGCUGCGCCCAGCACACGCUGCGUGUGUGUGUGUGUGGGUUGGCUAUGCAAAGUAAUGCUGACGGGCUUAGCUAGUGUAGUGUAGUAGCAGCAGCUUUUGCUUGUUUUGCCAGUCGCUGAACGAUUGCUGUAGGCAUCAGUUGGUUGGGCCUGCUGCUGCUGUUGCGCUUUGCCUGGGACCUGCAUAAACAAACACAAUUGGAUAAAGCGAUGGGCAACAAAGUUGUGACAUUCACCGAACAGCAGUUGGAUGACUAUCAGGAUUGCACAUUUUUUACGCGCAAGGAAAUACUGCGCGUGCACAAGCGUUUUCGUGAGCUGCGUCCGGACUUGGUGCCGCGCCAAAUGACCGAGGGUCAGGCCUCAAGUGUCAAGGUUCCACGCGACUGCAUUGAGAAGCUGCCCGAGUUGCGUGAGAAUCCAUUUCGGCGACGUAUCUGCGAGGCAUUCUCACGCGAUGGCCUGGGCAAUUUAUCCUUUGAGGACUUUUUGGAUGCGCUCUCCGUGUUUAGCGAGCAGGCGCCACGAGAUAUUAAAGUUUUCUACGCUUUUAAAAUUUAUGAUUUCGAUCAAGACGGCUUUAUUGGGCACGCUGACCUCAUGUCCUGCCUGACAACGAUGACCAAAAACGAGCUAAGUCCAGAGGAGCAUCAACAGAUUGCUGACAAGGUAAUCGAAGAAGCCGACGUCGAUGGCGAUGGCAAGCUCUCCAUACUCGAGUUCGAGCAUGUCAUAUUGCGAGCCCCCGACUUUCUCUCCACUUUCCAUAUACGAAUAUAAAGUGUGCAGUGCAGUGCGCAACAUUUUGUGUUUUUGCAUUUUAUGUACAUACAUGUAACGUUUUAUUAUUGAAUUGAACACACACACACACACACAGUUGCUGUGUCUGUGUGGCAUACAAAACGCCAUCAGUGUGAUUAAGUCUGGCCAAUUGUCGUGACAAUGUGCAUGUCAAAUGUCAGAACGUUGCAUACUACAGUUGCAGCUGCUGCUGCUGCUGCUGCAAACCGUUAUAAUAUUUAUAAGCUACGUGUAUGCAUACAACCUAUGCCCAGCAAACAAAGAAAUAAAAUGUACAAUGGCAAAAUAUCC